CAAAGCCUGGUGACGACAGCAUUGAUUAUCCUGACCUGGCUGCGGAGGCAGGCCAGAAGGCUUUAGCUGAUGCUGGGAUUCCGUAUUCAAUGGUGGAGCAGGCAUGUGUGGGUUAUGUUUAUGGUGACUCAGCCAGUGGACAACGGGCUGUCUAUCACAGUUUGGGUAUAACUGGCAUUCCUAUCAUUAAUGUUAACAAUAACUGUGCUACUGGAUCAACUGCUUUGUUCAUGGCCAAACAGCUAGUAGAAGGAGGUUUGGCAGACUGUGUUCUGGCACUUGGCUUUGAGAAGAUGUCAAAAGGGUCUCUUGGUUCAAUUUUUACAGACAGAGCUAGUCCAAUUGACAGACAUUUGAAAGUUAUGAUAGAUAAAUAUGGCUUAGCAAGUGCUCCAAUAGCACCUCAGUUGUUUGCAAAUGCUGGCAAAGAAUAUAUGGCGAUACAUGGGACAAGUCCAGAAUACUUUGCAAAAGUUGCUAUGAAGAAUCAUAACCAUUCAGCUGAAAACCCGUAUUCCCAGUUCCAACAGAAGUACUCAUUUAAUGAAAUUCUGCAUUCUCGCAAAAUUUUUGAUUACUUGACUGUCUUACAGUGUUGUCCAACAUCAGAUGGUGCUGCAGCUGCAGUUCUGGCUAGCGAGGAGUUUGUGAAAAGGAUGAAGUUACAGCCAAAAGCUGUGGAAAUUCUAGCACAGGUGAUGGCUUCUGAUUAUCCAAGCACAUUUGAAGGAAACAGUUGUAUAAAGGCGAUUGGCUAUGAUAUGACUAAAAAAGCUGCAGAAAAAUGUUUUCAAAAAACAGGCCUAAAACCUACAGAUGUUGAUGUGAUCGAACUUCAUGACUGUUUCUCUGUUAAUGAAUUAAUUACCUAUGAAGCUCUGGGACUCUGUCCAGAAGGGAAAGCAUGUGACCUGAUUGACAGAGGAGACAAUACUUAUGGAGGAAAAUGGGUUAUUAAUCCUAGUGGUGGCUUGAUUUCAAAGGGACAUCCUCUUGGUGCUACAGGCCUGGCGCAGUGCGUCGAACUCUGCUGGCAGCUGCGCGGCCUGGCCGGGAGCAGGCAGGUCCCGGGGGCAAAGGUCGCGCUGCAGCACAACUUGGGCAUCGGCGGCGCCGUGGUGGUCACCCUCUACGUCAUGGGCUUCCCCGAGGCUGCCAGCACUGGCCGUAUUGCGGCUGUGCCUCUCAGCGCAACUGUUGAUGGAUUUAAGGCACAUUUGGUCUUCAAAGAGAUUGAAAAGAAGCUCCAAGAGGAAGGAGAGCAGUUUGUCAAGAAAAUUGGUGGGGUCUUUGCCUUCAAAGUAAAAGAUGGUCCUGAUGGGAAAGAAGCAACUUGGAUAGUAGAUGUGAAAAAUGGUAAAGGGUCUGUGGCAGUUAAUUCAGAUAAGAAGGCAGAUUGUACAAUUACAAUGGCUGAUGCUGAUCUGUUAGCUCUCAUGACUGGCAAGAUGAAUCCUCAGACUGCAUUCUUUCAAGGAAAAUUGAAGAUUUCUGGGAACAUGGGCAUGGCAAUGAAACUUCAAAAUCUACAACUUCAGCCAGGCAAAGCUAAACUUUGAACUUACUAGGGUAAAUAGUCAGUAUUUUGUAGUCUUGACAAAAAAAGUAGAAUGAAACUAGACAUUAUCAGUAAUAUGGUGCAGGCUGGGUUUGAUAGGAGCUCUCUCUCCUAAAUUAAUUCUCUUGAUAAAUUCCAUCAGUUUCUCUAUGGCUCAGAUUUUUAGGCUAAGCUUGAGGCACUAACUCUUACGAAUGGUAUAUGGUGGGUAUUCGUGACAAUUUUUUGUUUUCAUCAAUAAGAAAAAUUUUAUAAAACUUAAGAGUCAAAUGAGGCUGCUUACGGUUGUUCAGGUUAGUUGGGAAGAGAGUGAGGAGGGUUAUAAAUAGCUUGACAUAUCAAGUAAAUGAGUUGCAUUUUUUAAAAGCCGUGAUAGCAGGUCAUACGAAUGCUUUCAGACUUCCAUUCUAACAAAUUUGCUGCUGCUUGAAUUAAAAUGGUCUUAUAAAGGGGAUCUCUAACAUUUUUUUUUUUAGAAUAGGCUUUGGGAAUUUGCUAUAAAAUACUUUUCUUAUUACUACUUUGCAAUUAAAAAAAUAUCCAGAAUUAAGUAGGAACUAGAACGUUGCUUUGAGAUUCACAGGAUUUGGUAAUACAUCACCUUGAAAAAAGAUUAGGUUUGCAAGGAGACCAGUGAAGGAGUAUCACCAACAUCUUACCUGUUUUCUCCUGAGAAAAUCUGGUGUUGAUCAUUAUGGAUUCCCAUCAGUAAUGUAAAAAGCUUUAACUUCUCUUUUGGAAAAAUGUAUUCUGGUUGGAAGUUUAAUAGAAAAUUAAAUAUACUUUUCCUGUUCUUC